UGCAGCCGUCAGUGCACCGUGCAUGCCAAUCUUUAUUUCUCAGCGCGCGCUAUUCAAACGUACGAGAAAAAAAAAACAAUUGACAAGUUCGAUAUUUGAAUCAGUGCUUUUUAGCGGGAGAAAUGUGACAUUUACGUGUUUGAAUUUGGAAUUAUGAAGAAUAACUGAUUUGUUCUCAUAAAACAAUUUUGAUUUUAAAUUAAAUAGACUUGUUUGAAUAUUCUGUGACAUUGAAAACGAUCCGAACUAUUAUAUUAUUUACGGAAUCAACUCAAGUGCUAUUAAAAACGUAUUAUAAACCAAUUAAUUACUAGAAAUAUCAGUUUUGUACGAAGUGGUCGUGUUUUUUUUUAAUAAAAAUGAAGGAUUUGGUGCAAAUUUGGAACAAUGUGGCGAAUAGGAGGUAUUCGUCGGUUAAUACUAGUGAAUUAAAAGAUUUUCCUAACAAUAGGCAUAGGAGAUCGGAGAUAGAUAAUUUCGAAGCUAAUUUCGCGGAGUGUGAAGCGUUAAAUAAUAAGUUUAACGAUGAUUUGGAGUUUAAUGACAGGAAGAAUGAGAUUAUUAAUCGUUUGUUUGAGAGGAGAAGGCAGGGGCAUAUCGGGAGACAGCCAAAAUGUCUUUUUAUUCUGUUGAUGCUGGGGUUCUUUGCUCUGGCAGCCGGUUGCUUUAUACUGUUCUUGAAGCCUUACGACUUUUUCUUCAGUCAGAAAGCAAUGCUAACUGAUGGUGGUGAGAUUUUCGAAAUGUGGCGGAAACCGGAAGUGGAGUUAUAUACCAAGGUCUACUUGUUCAACAUUACGAAUGCCGAAGAGUAUAUGUCUGGUAUUGACAGCAAGAUCAAGGUCAAAGAGGUUGGACCUUAUGUUUAUAGAGAAUUCCUAGAACACAAAGUGACGAAGUUCAACGACAAUGCUACUCUGUCUGCGAUUCCUCUGCAUCCGCUCAACUGGGUCGAGGAGUUGUCGGAGGGAAACCAAGAGAAUGAUACUCUCUAUUUGCCACAUAUUGCUAUGCUGAGUAUUGCCAACGUGGUCUCCCAAAAGGACUACUUCACCAGAUUCGGGCUGAACAACUUGAUCACUUUGACUAAAACCAGACCUUUAGCUAAGAUGACAGCCAAGGAGUUCAUGAUGGGUCAUAAAUCUGAGCUGAUGACUCUGGGUAACACCUUCCUGCCGGGAUGGAUCUACUUCGAUAAACUUGGCCUUAUUGAUAGGAUGUACGAUUUCGACGGUGACUACGAGACAGUAUUCACCGGUACCGACGACGUGAAAGUCUCUGGUCUCAUAGACACUUACAGAGGGUCUACUGAUCUACCGCAAUGGAAUGGCAAGCAUUGUUCUAAUGUCCAGUAUGCGUCUGAUGGUACUAAGUUCAAGGGUGGUGUGGAGAAGAAUGAAACUAUACUGUUUUAUAGGAAGAGUCUGUGUAGGGCGGCGCCUUUGAUUCCUAUCGACGAAGGAGUGAAAAGUGGCUUGAAAGGCUACAAAUAUACUUUCCCGGAAAACAUGCUGGACAACGGAAAAUAUAUCAAAGAGAACGAAUGCUUCUGCCGAAAUGGUAAAUGCCUACCCGACGGUCUGAUAGACGUGACUGACUGCUACUAUGGGUUCCCCAUCGCUCUGUCUUACCCUCAUUUCUGGAAGGGUGAUGAUGUACUGUUCAGCAAGGUCGAAGGUCUUACCCCUAGCAAGGAGAAGCAUGAGACUGCCUUCUGGAUCGAGCCGCAAUCAGGUCUCCCUCUAGACGUGAGCUCGAAGUUCCAGAUCAACAUGGCUCUCGGAGACAUCUCGUCCAUCACGAACGCUGAACACUUCUCCGAUAUGUAUCUACCUUUGUUGUGGUUUGAUAUUAGAAUGCACGCCCUCCCAACAUCUCUGAAAAACCGUUUCAACUUAUACCUCAACAUUCUACCCGUCGUCGAACAAGGAGCUAUGUAUCUUCUCUUCAUCACAGGAGCCAUUUUCAUCCUCUUAACCGUUUACAUCCUUACCUUCAAGGUAAUGUUCAGGAAACCCAAAACUUUCGACGCCUGGAAGGAGAAAGAGUCAAUUUAUGCAGCUUGUGAAAUCCCUCUUAGCGACACCGACACUGAUAAUGAUAUCAAACAGUCAGUCCUCAAAAUUCAUAGCGAAAAACUCAAAGAUCUAAGUUCUAAAUUAAGUGAUAGAAUGUAUGAUACUGUAGGCAGUGUUAAGGAUAAAGUUGUUGAAGAAUUGAAUCAUGUUAAAAAUGUUUUUGAAAGACGAGGUUCUAAAGUGGCUGAGGCACAUGAUAGUUUCAAAACUGAUAAUGAAUAUGCAGUUAUUAAACAGAGUGACAGCGAAGAUGAUUAUAAGUACUUAGAGAUUUUAGACGAUGGGUCGGAUUUGGUGCCUCAAAAGUAUGAAACUGAAAGGUCUGAGAAAUUAAAGGAAUUAGAUUCUGAUGAUAGGAGAUAGAGAGAUGGUGAAGUUAUGCUUGAAGUUAUUGAAUCCAAGUAGUUGGAGCUACUUGGAGGUCUUCGCACUAAAUAAGAUAGGGUGCGACGAUCAUAUCUUGCCAUGACCACGACUGAUAAUUUUUAGCCGCAUUUCGAAGCAAUUUUUUUUACCAAUUUUCUUAACAACUUAUAAUUUUUUAACAGAUUUUUUUCCAUUUUUUUUUUUGUUAUUGGUAAUUCUGUUUUUUUUUUUGUGUUUUUCCUAUUAAUGAAUUAUGAAGUUUUAAAAGGGUAGGGUCGAGUGAAAGCUCUUAUAUUCCCAAUAUUCCUAGAUUUAAUAUUGGGAUAGGAUUAAAUAAGUUGUUGAUUUAUAAUGUACGAAAAAUACUUUCGUAGGUGAAACUUCCCCAUUAUUUAAGGUUUUUCAUUUUGCCAAUUAAAUGAAAAGUAUUUUAUUUAACAAAAUGAAAAUGUGUUGUUACCGUUUUAAUUGAAAAAGAAAACUUUGAAUUCUUGUAUGCUUUUAUUAUUAUGGUGAAUUAUUGCCUUAUUAUUCGUACUUUAUGUGAAACAAAUCCUCUCGAUAUAAAGCCUACUUAUCCAUCUCUUUUGCCUUUCAAGCCAAAAUGCAUAUUGUUGUGAUAUAGGGUGAAAGUCGUAAAAAACUUAGUUUUUUUUUGCUUUUAUAAUUCCAUCUUUAUUUUUUCUGUUUACCUAAAAGUCUCAAUUUUUCAAAAAUAUUUAUUUAUGCCAGUGAAAUUGAUAUUUCAAAUUAUAAGAUCUUAUAAAGAUGAAAAAUUGUUGAACAUUCCAUAUUUAUUAAAAUAAAUAAUUAUUGUCAUUCUUUCUAUUCGUGAUUCGGUAUAAAAUUGUAUCAAUUUAAAGAACUACAACAAAUAUAAAACUGCAAAAUACUAUUUUAAGGAGGCUUUUUCAUAUUUUAAUUUAGCAGCCAUUUUCUUUGAAACAGUACCUACAGUAUAUUAAUGCAUUUGUUCUAAUUUUAUCGGUCUCAAAUUGACAAAAAAUAUUUUUUCUCAGUUUGAAGACUUAAAGUUUCAAUUCCUGUAAAAAUAAGCGUUGUUAUUAUAUCUUUAUCUCUUGCUCAAAUACAUUCCUGUUUUAAAUAAUAGAAACCAUAUCUACCUUUGUAUAAAAGAAAGCUAGUGUAAUGUAGAAAAUAAGAUUUUGGUGUGUACCUGUUUCAUAUUUUUUUACUAUUUUAACAAAUAAAACAAACUGCACUCAAAAAUGGGUUCCUGAAAUAGUUUAUUUUUGUUCAGGUGUCAAUAAAAAUACAUACAUAUUUGGAUUGCAAAAAAAAAUAAGUUACACUCAAAAAAGUUUUAGACUUUUUUUAAAAUUGUGGAACAGGAUAAAAGCCUAGGCCAGCUUCAGAAUAAAAAGGCCUUUCAAGUUAAAUUUUAAGUUAAGCUAAGUUUAAAAAAAUAGACCGAAAUAAGGUCAUGUAUUUGGUAAGAAAUAGGUACAAGUUAGUUUUAAUUCUUGGCCUAAACAUUACCAACUCAAGUUGUGAUAUUUUUAAUGUAAUAUAAUUAUUGUAUUUAUAUAAUAAUUAAUCGAAUUUAUUGUUAUAUUAUUAAGUUAAUAUUUGCUGAAUUAUUAUUGGAAAUAAUAAUACUUUCGAUCAUUACCAAAACAUAAUAUUUUUUCUAAGUACAUUGGAAAUAAAAAUAAAAAAAUAGCAAACGAAUUUCUAAUUAUUAUUUAGCAAAUAAAUAACUUAUAAAUAAUUUUGAAUUGUAAUAGUAAUAAUGAUUUAUCUUCAAAAUAAUUUUAUUAUAAGCAGUAUGUAUCUCUCUACGUUCGGUACUUGGUCUACUGUUUUGUAAAUAAUUAUGAAUUAUUGAAAAUAAAGAAAAAAACUUUUUUAUAA